AUGCAUUAUAACAGUCACAAAAGACAUGCCAAUUGUCCUAUGGAGGCACUAAAAAAUGAAAUUUUGGGUCUAUCUGCCAAACGUCGCAAUUAUUACAACCUACUUAGUACGCAAAUACAUAAUUUGCUUGGUGUGAUUGAUCACGUCAAUAAGAAUGACGACAUUGAGCAAUGUAUUCCUAUACUUGAACGUAACAUAAAAGCAGGCGAUUAUGUUGUUAAAAUUGACUCAGGGCACCGUGAAUUUCAACAUGAUUUGAAUCGGUUCAGGAAGAAUCAUCUAAAGUCUAUAUCAUCUGAUCAGGAAAUUGAAUAUGCAUUGUCAAUAAACGAUCUAAACGAGAAAUUGUUUUGCCAAAUGAUUGGAAUGCACUUUCUCCAUUUGGGAUAUUUUGAUAUAUACAAAGAAUUUGCCCAGGAAGUUUUUGCAACAUUCAACAAUCCUAUAAGCAUUCAUCAGGACAUCGUUGAGGCUUAUGCGUUGCUUCACAAGAUGUUGAAGCAUAUUGAUAAUGACAAUGUAACAUUGGCUAUGUAUUGGGUUAAUACUACACAGGGACUAAAUACAGAUUCCAGCAACCCUCAUUCGUUACGGUUUAAACUGCUUAAAUUGCAACAACUUAGCUAUUAUAGGGAUGUAAAAUCCCCAGAUUCAAUUCUCAAUAAGCUAGAAUCAAGUGAUUUGUCGAAAUUUUGGAAGACACACCGCAUUGAAAUAGGGAAAAUCAUUUCAAAAUUUAUACUAGAUGAUAAUUACAACACUGAGUAUGAUAAUUUGAAAAGUGAAAUCAAAAAACAACUUACACGAGCAUACUGCGAUCACGGCAUAUAUAGCCCGGCUCAAAAUUGCUAUAAUAACUAUGAAACCCGACAAUUAAACUACUUUGAUUCAGUUUCAGAUACUUCAGACCAAUCCGAAGGUUCAGCUGUUGAACAGUGGAAUAAUGAUGUGGCUUUAGAAGCUUCUAUGCAUCAGCGUGAGGAUAAUGAGGAUGAUGAUAGUGACACUUCCACUCAAUCGCUUUCUACAACACAAAUUACGACUUGUAGAAGCGACAUUUCCAAUUGUCAUUGUACUAUAAUGUAUCCAAUGCAAUCAUUAUUCGAAAAUAAUGGUGAGUUGGUUGAUAAUUGGUUAACCUCACUAGAUUUUAUGACAGCCACAAAUACCAAUACCUCAAGCAAUAACCGGGGUUUCAGUAGAUUAUUUCGCUAUUGCAAAUCUUGCGAUUUGAAUGAGACACAAUCCAUUAUUGAUAGCAUUUACAAUUAUACGACGCGACCAGUUCGUCGUUUUGUAAGACCUAAUGCAAGAGUUAACCAAGUUGGGUUGGAAUUAAGCCAAUUAGUAUCAAACACUAAUGUAAAUGUAAAUUCAGGCAUGACCGUUGUGCCAACAUUUGCCUUCACAUUGUUGGCAGGGGAACCUGACGAUAAUCAAGAAUCGGAAAAUGAUGAUCAGGAUACGACAAGUUCUAACAGGAGGCAUCUUUCCAUUUCAAGAAUUCUCAACUCCAUAAGGCAUCAAGAAACAAGGAAUGACAACCAAAUUUUGCAGCGUAUUUUGGUUGCAAACGAACCGAUAGACGAAGGCAGUGGCACUUCUAAUUUGCGAAUAUCACCGGCUAGAGAAAUUAUUGCUACCGGAUCCAAUAUAACCCUAAGGGAUAUCUUGCAUAUGAUAAUUCGGGGUUUUAGGACUAGAACCAGACCAAGGGCUUCAAGAAGGCCCAGAACCAGAUCCACCGUAGUUCAUAAGUUGAAAAGUAAAAAAAAAUCAUCGUUGCAGGAAUCCCCAGGAUCUACUAGUAGCCACAAAAGAAUCACUCUCCCUCACCAAAGCGCUCUUUCGCUGAUCUUUACUGCCGGUUACAUAACGCAUCCCCGUUUAGUUGAAGUUCUAGGUCUUGUAUUUAAGGAGAGAUGCGAAGCUGCAACAAAGGUGUCAAACUGGCUCAAAUCUAAACGCCAACUUCCGUUGGAAUCUGACCUAGGCAGUAGCUUCCAUUUCCACAGUCAUAUAACCUGUGCCGUGUCUAAGGAUCAAACUUGUAAGAGCAACCCGCCCGUAAUGUUACCUUGUGGACAUGUUAUUUGUCAGUAUUGCGUUGACAAGCUGUGUAAGAAUAAAGCACGGCAAAAUUUUAGAUGCCCUAUGUGUCCUACAUUGGUGGAGUUUCAUCAAACCAAGAUACUGGAUAUAGCAUGA